AUGGCCUCAAAGGAGGGAUUCCUGACGAACGAGCAGAGGGAAACGUUAAAAAUUGCGAGCCAAAAUGUGGAGAUUUUGUCAUCAUCCCCGAAAUCUCCGACAUCUUUUCUUUCGGAACAUCAUGUAAAAGCCCCUGCUGGUGGGAAGGCACCAACAGCUGGGAUAGCUGUGCGGCAUGUUCGCCGGUCGCACUCAGGGAAGUUUGUGCGAGUGAAGAAGGAGGGAGGCGGUGGUAAGGGCACAUGGGGAAAACUGCUUGACGCUGAUAGUGAAUCCCCUAUUGAUCGCAAUGACCCUAAUUAUGAUAGUGGCGAGGAACCAUAUCAACUUGUUGGGUCAACUAUCACAGAUCCCUUGGAUGAAUACAAGAAAGCCGUUGUUUCAAUCAUUGAGGAGUACUUCAGCACUGGUGAUGUGGCAUUGGCAGCAUCUGACCUCAAAGAACUAGGCUCAAGUGAAUAUCAUUCUUACUUCAUUAAGCGACUUGUUUCCAUUGCCUUGGACAGGCAUGAUAAGGAGAAGGAAAUGGCUUCAGUUUUGCUUUCAUCUUUGUAUGCUGAUGUCAUUAGCCCUAUCCAGAUUAGAGAUGGAUUUUUCAUCCUUCUUGAAUCUGCUGAUGACCUUGCAGUGGACAUACUGGAUGCAGUAGACAUCCUCGCUUUGUUCCUUGCUCGUGCAGUGGUUGAUGACAUCCUUCCUCCAGCCUUCCUCACCAGGGCAAAGAAAGCACUCCCGGAAUCUUCAAAGGGGGUUCAGGUUAUCCAAACUGCUGAGAAGAGCUAUCUUUCAGCUCCACACCAUGCAGAACUUGUGGAAAGAAGGUGGGGUGGUAGCACCCACAUUACUGUUGAAGAGAUGAAGAAAAAAAUUUCUGGUCUAUUGAGGGAAUACGUAGAAAAUGGAGAUACUUUUGAGGCCUGUCGGUGCAUAAGGGAGUUGGGAGUUUCAUUCUUUCAUCAUGAGGUUGUGAAGAGGGCUUUGAUUCUUGCCAUGGACAUUCGAACAUCAGAACCACUAAUAAUGAAGCUAUUAAAGGAAGCGGCUGAGGAAGGGCUGAUUAGUUCUAGUCAAAUGGUAAAGGGGUUUUCUCGUUUGGCAGAGACCCUUGAUGACCUUGCUCUUGAUAUUCCAUCAGCAAACACCUUGUUCGAGUCGCUGGUCCCGAAGGCCAUAUCUGAAGGUUGGCUUGAUGCAUCAUUUUUGAAAUCCUCUGGUGAAGAUGGUGGCGUACGAGCCGAAGAUGAAAAAGUGAAGCAGUACAAGAAAGAGAUUGUGGCCAUAAUUCAUGAAUAUUUUCUCUCAGAUGACAUUCCGGAGCUUAUCCGGAGCCUUGAAGAUCUUGGGGUACCCGAAUAUAAUCCAUUAUUCUUGAAGAAGCUGAUCACCCUUGCAAUGGAUCGAAAAAACCGUGAAAAGGAAAUGGCAUCUGUUCUGCUUUCUGCCCUUCACAUUGAGAUCUUCUCAACUGAGGACAUAGUUAAUGGGUUUGUCUUGCUUCUUGAAUCUGCAGAGGAUACUGAACUGGACAUUUUGGAUGCUUCAAAUGAGCUUGCGCUUUUCCUUGCAAGAGCUGUCAUUGAUGAUGUCUUAGCUCCCCUGAAUUUGGAAGAAAUUGGCAGCAAGUUGCGACCAGAUUGUAGUGGGAGUGAGACUGUUCGAAUGGCUCAAUCACUAAUUUCUGCUCGUCAUGCUGGUGAGAGGAUCUUGAGGUGUUGGGGAGGCGGGACCGGCUGGGCUGUGGAGGAUGCAAAGGACAAGAUAGCAAAGCUGCUGGAGGAGUAUGAGAGUGGUGGUGUAGUGAGUGAAGCCUGCCAGUGCAUUCGUGAUCUUGGGAUGCCCUUCUUCAACCAUGAGGUGGUGAAGAAGGCACUGGUCAUGGCCAUGGAGAAGAAGAAUGACAGGAUGCUUCACCUGCUUCAGGAGUGCUUCAACGAAGGGCUGAUCACAAUUAACCAGAUGACUAAAGGCUUCACCCGAAUCAAGGACGGGCUAGAUGAUUUGGCUCUUGACAUUCCGAAUGCAAGGGAGAAAUUCAGCUUCUAUGUGGAGCACGCGCAGGAGAAAGGGUGGCUCCUUCCUUCCUUCGGAUCAUCUGCUGCGGAUGGCUCACACUGA